AUGCCGAUCCGUCUCGCCACGCCCUCAGACGAACCGGCCAUAGUGUCCGCCUGCACCGCAGCAUUCUUCGACGAAGCUUUAUUUGGCCGCGUAAUACAUCCCCAUCGCCACGAGUACCCGGAAGAUGUCGAAAUCUUCUGGCACGAACAAAUUCGUCACAGCUGGAGGGAGCCAAACAAUAAGAUCCUCGUCGCCAUUACUAUAGAGAAGGGGGAGGAGAAGGUGGUCGGUGUAGCUGUGUGGCAGCGACAAGGAGAUGAUGAGGGAAGAAAAAAGGUAGAGGCUGAGUGGGUGGACGUUGGUCCAGACGCCUUCCGGCCCCUCCCGUCAACAGUCAACCGGGCCAUCGACCCCAAUAAGCGCACCAUUUUGGAAGACUCUUAUCCGUAUUAUUCACAUCACUGGUCACCAUCCAAAAACUCCAUUCCCCGCUCCCGAAACUGGUAUCUUUCCUUGUGUUGCGUACACCCUUCGUACGAGCAUCGUGGCCUUGGCCGUGAACUCGUCCACUGGGGGCUUGAAAGAGCCAGAGAAGAAGGCGUUCAUGCGAGUGUGCUUGCAAGUCACAACAAUGAUCCUUUCUACUUACGUUGCGGUUUUGACGAGAUAGUGGCUGACUGCACGGAAGGUGAAGAGAAUCCGCUACAGGGUGUCGAAGGAGGUAGUCUUUUGUUUAUGUGGGCGAAAGGGCAGGAUAAGGGGUAA